AUGUCGAGUCGAGACUACGGUCGUCCCUCGACCGAUGACCAUGCAGAAGAUCGCCCACUUCUCAAUGGAGAAAACGUCGACGCAAGCGCUGAGGCGGAUCAGUCGCUGUGGACGCGAUUCAAGCGACAGGUGUCGGCUACCUUCGCUCCCCUCGCCAAGCCCGAAGAUCUUCGACCCUUGGAGCGCUUCCUGGUCAUCCUCUCGGUAGCCUUGCUGUUGCUUGCUGCCAUCUUCAUCGGCCUCUUCGCAGGUUCGCAGCACAAGCUCUCGCACCGUCCCGCUUCGCCUGCUCCCGUCCCCGGACCCGGCAACCCGAACCCGGAACCGCCCGUCGGCGACAUUUGCACCACUAAGGACUGCGUCCUCGCCGCAAGCGAAGUUCUUCGCUCCAUCGACGAGACUGUCAAUCCAUGCGACGACUUUUCUGCUUUCACCACCAACAACUGGGCCAAGUCUCAUCCCAUCCCUGCGGAUGCCGGUCUGUUUGGCGCUGGUCAGUACGUUCUGAGCGAGAACUCCAAGAUCAUUCGACAGAUCAUUGCCGAUGCUCCUUCCGUCAAGGAUCUCGAGUUUGCGACCUUCAAAGACGAGCAGGCUGAGGCGGACCAGCGCAACCUCGCCAAGCUCAAGGGCUACUACGAAUCCUGCACCGACGUCAACGCUCAGGAUAAGGUCGGUGCUCAGCCGCUCCUUGACGUGCUCGACCACCUCCGAACCCUCUUCCAUCCUCACAAGCAUGGCAAGUACGAGCAAGGAAAUCCUCCCGAGAUCUCGCCAGCUGCCCUUUUCCACGUGCAAUCGGACGAAGCAGAAAAGCCUGUCCCUCCCAACCAGCCUCCCGGACGCUCGCCGAAACCUCAUCCUCCUCGCGAGAGCCCGCGUCCUGCCCCACCCUCGGGUGAAAGGCAGAAGGGCCUCACAGAGGCACUCUCGUGGGCGCAUAGCCGGGGUCUGCCUGCCUUCUUCGAAAUCACAAUCGACGGCGAUGCUGUCAAGGAUCCUACCGCUGCCACGCCCUGGUUCUUCCCUUCCGGCUUGGGUCUUCCCGAUCAGGCCUACUACGACGACGAGGACGAGAUUGCUUUCUACAAGACCGUGGUCUCGGACGGACUUCGCGCCUACGACAAGGAAGUGAAGCGAGGCAAGGCUGCCUCCAACAAGAAGGGUGACAAGAAGCACGAUGAAAAGCCCCGUCCGCCGCUCGCCCCAUUCGCUGAGCAGGUGGUCGAGCUCGAACGACAGCUCGCCGAGAUCACACCCGAUUCGGAAGAGAUCACCGACCCCGUCGCAUCGUACAACCCCAUCAACUCGACCAAGCUCGCCUACACUUUCUCCUCGAUCAGCUGGAACGCCUACUUUUCCGCGCUCACCGUGCGUACUCCUGAGACGGUGAUCCUCAGCAGCCCCAAGUUUGUCACUUCUCUUGACAACCUUAUUUCUCGCACCAAGACCGAGGUGCUGGAGGCAUACCUCGUGUGGACCGCUAUUCGAGAGCUUGGCCCCGCUCUGGGUCCCAACGUCAAACUGCGCGCUGCUGCGGAGCGCCUCGAAAGGUACUCGAAGGGUGUGGAAGAGGGUGCCAAGGAGGACCGCGAGACGGUCUGUCUGGGUCAGCUUAACGGAGCGCUCGGCUUCAUGGCCGGACGCUACUACGUGCAAGAAGCGUUCAAGGGCGACAGCAAGAAGAGGGUGGAACAGAUCAUCUACUCGGUCAUCGGCGCCUUCAAGUCGCGUCUGCCCGAACUCGACUGGUUGGACGAAAAGACACGCAAGAAGGCUGAGGAGAAGGCGGACGCCAUCCGCGUCAUGGUUGGCUACCCUGCCACUCCCAACACCACCGAUGCUGUAUCUGUGGCCAACUUCUACUCGGACUUGAAAGUCGAUCCUUCCAACUACUUUGCCAAUCGAGUCGCUUCCAAGACGCGCGCAGCCAGGCGCGAUUGGGCGCAGGUGGGACGCAAGCUGAACCGCGAGCUGUGGGACAUGUUCCCCGCCGAGGUCAACGCCGAGUACUCUCCGCAGGGCAACUACAUCCUCUUCCCUGCCGGGAUCAUGCAGCCUCCGUACUUCCACGUCUCGUGGCCUUCGUACCUUCAGCGCGGUGCAUUCGGUGCGGUUGCGGGACACGAGCUUUCGCACGCCUUUGAUCCGGACGGUCGACUGUACGACAAGGACGGUUACCUGAGGGAUUGGUGGACCGAGAUCACCGCGCACGAGUUCCAGCAGCGACAGACGUGUCUUACCAACCAGUACCACUCGUACACGGUUUCGGAUGGGAAGGGUGGUGAGCUGCAUCUGCGAUCCAACUUUACGAAGGGAGAGGAUGUGGCUGAUGCGGGAGGUGUGGCACAGAGCUACCGGGCUUGGAAGGACGAGCUGGCCAAGGGAGGUGAGGCGGUGGACAAAGCGAACGCGUUGUUGCCGGGUCUGGGAUACACGAGGGAGCAGCUGUUCUUCAUCGCGUACGGUAUCAGCUACGCCAGGAACAUCAGGGCUAGCGAACAGGUCAAGAGGAUCCGAACCGAUCCGCACAGUCCGAACAAGUACAGGAUCAACGGUGUGAUGGUCAACUCGCCCGAGUUUGCAGAGGCGUUCGGAUGCGAGGCUGGAAAGGACAGGAUGGCGCUCAAGCCUGAAGACAGGUGCAGCAUCUGGUGA